CCCUGUCACUUUUCCACUCCCGCAAGCUAUGGGCCAAUAAAUUAUUUUACAGUCAAAAGUAUCAAUAAUCAAUAUUUUUUAUUUUUCUCACGGUCUACCUGAAACUUUAAAACCUUCGUCAUGGUUAUAGAGUAACCCAAACCGUACAUCGGAGGCAUGUUCGCAAGAAGGAUAUUGAGGAUAUACCCUCACGUAUCCAGAUGUACCAUCCGAAUACGUAGUGGCGAAACCCUUUUGAGGUAUCCCUGGAAUCGAUCCUGUUCGUCGCAUGCGACUCCGACUCCGACUCCGGGUCUCCCACCGAACCCCCCCGGCGAUCACCGGCAACUUGGUAUCCAACAAGAACUUUUCACUACCUCGAUAUAUAGUCCCGGUUCUCCCAUACUGCUGCCUAACGGCGCACGCAUUUUUAACCGCCUAGUGGAUUUUCUGCGAAAGCAAUACGUACGAUAUGGAUUCGAAGAGGUUAUUACGCCGACCAUCUAUAAAAAGGCCCUGUGGAGGAAAUCGGGCCACUUGGAAAAUUAUAGCGAGGAUAUGUAUACGGUGACAAGUACGUCACCAGCGCGGAGCGAUAGUUAUAAACCUGGCGACGAGGAGGACGAGUAUGGUCUCAAGCCCAUGAAUUGCCCGGGCCACUGCUUGAUCUUUGCGGAUCAGCUACGGAGCUAUCGACAAUUGCCUAUUCGAUAUGCUGAUUUCUCUCCACUACACCGAAACGAGAUAUCGGGGGCUUUGAGUGGCCUGACUCGAGUACGACGUUUUCACCAAGAUGACGGCCACAUAUUUUGUCGACCGAUACAGAUCGAGGAGGAAAUUAAGAAGACCCUAGACUUCGUGCGCGUCGUUUACUCCACAUUCAAACUAGGUCCAUACCGGUUAGCUCUCUCGACACGUCCCGAGGAUCAUUACAUAGGAACUGCCGAGGAAUGGGAGGGUGCCGAGAACGCUCUUAAGAGAGCGCUGGACGCAUCGGGUCAGGAAUGGACUGUGAACGAAGGCGACGGCGCGUUCUACGGACCCAAGAUCGAUAUCGUGUUGAGAGACUCGGACGGCAAAGAACACCAAACCGCUACGAUACAGCUAGACUUUCAGCUGCCAAAACGGUUUGAGUUGGGUUACUUAGCGCCAGCGCCGGAGUUUGAGCGAAGAGGUGAGGUUACAAUGGACCCGGACAAGCUAGCGGAGUCUGAUCUUGUAACCCCUGUCCUGAUUCACAGAGCUGUGCUGGGCUCGGUAGAAAGACUGCUAGCUCUGCUUAUCGAACAUUACAACGGCAAGUGGCCGUUUUGGUUGAACCCGAGGCAGGUAAUGAUAGUCACUGUCAAUGAUACCGAACCAGUAGUAGGACUAGCCAAGAUGGCCCAAGAUGUCCUAAUGGGAAGGGAUGGGCCGGCAGACGGUCCGGUCGUAAACCCUUCCCAACUCGUAGUAGAUGUUGACGAUAGCCCACGAAGCGUCUCGCUCAAAGUUCGAGAGGCCAAGUCUAAGGGUUAUAGCGUCAUCGUUACCGUCGGCCCAAAACAGGUGCCAGAGGGCACUGUGACAGUGGACAUGUCCGGGUUGGAGAGUAGCGAUAGCGAGAAGAAAUCGCAGAAGCAGGACAUGCUACCAAAAGAAUUAUUUGCGAUUCUAAAGAAUAAAGCUGACUCCUAUCAAUAAUGAACACCAUAACCUUCGUAGGAUUUACGAAUUAAUUAUGCCGUUUUGAAUUAACACCGUUUUUCGCAAGCUACGGCCUGAAAUACCAAUGUCAGCUCCUUAACUCUCAGAGUCAUCUGGAUCAUGGCCUUUUUCAUGUCCUUCCCGUCGCGUUUUUUCCUGCUGUUCUUUCUGC